AUGAUUUCGUCCCAACUAACAAUCGUGGGUUGUGGCGUCUUUGGCCGCGCCAUUGUGAAUGGACUGUUGUCCGACACGAGCCAGUCUUACUCCUUGAGUUUAACUCAUCGCCGCCCAGACGCUGCCAAGAGACUCCAAAAUGACUACCCUAACGUCUUGAUAACCACAGACAACACAGACGUACGUAUCUGGAGAUCGCCACAGGACUUGGGAACGAAACAUAUCGUGGUGAUCGCUACGCAGCCUCGCUAUACCGGAGAUGUCUGUCGAGAUAUUAGACAGGCCUUCCUGGCGGCCGAUAGAACACAGCAGCUUGUCGUGGUCACCGUGUGCCCCGGUAUAACUAUCAAGCAGCUCGAAAGCUGGCUGCCCUUGAACACAUCAAUCGUGCGGGCCAUGCCUAACACUCCUAUUGCCGUCCGACAGGGUGCUACCGGAAUCUUCCCCAACCAAUGUACAUCCUCGGUGGUAGCGUCUGAGGUCCAGUCCAUAUUCAAGCGCAUGUCUCCAGUCGUCGCUCUGCUCCCGCGUGAAGACCUGCUGGACAUCGUCGCGUCCAUAUCCGGCUCCGCCCCUGCGUAUUUCUUCUACUUAUUGCAGAACCUCGUGGCUUCCGGAGCUGCUCGUGGCCUGCCUAUAGAUAUUGGGCGUGAUCUGGUGGUACAGUCCUGCUUGGGCGCGGCUGUUCUGGCACAGACUGCGCCCAAAACGACGCUGUUGGAGCUUCUGGGGGACGUUUGCGUUCCUGGAGGCAGCACUGAGAAGGCAAUACAAACGCUAGACCGCUUCGAGUCAAGCAUGGCGAUACAGGCGGCUGUGGAAGAGAGCUGGCAUGCCAACUGUGCCAUGAGCAAAGAGGCCCUUACUGAGAUGGGUAAUAUUUCGUAG